GAGUAAAACAGAAGAGCGAAACGUUCAUCGUGUGCGUGAUCAAGGUGUUUGUUUCUCGAGAAUAUUGUGAAAGAAAACGCAAAGAGAGAGUGAAAAUGGCCGGAGAUGAUGGACAAGUGAUCAGUUGCCACACUGUGGAUGCAUGGACCGAGCAGCUCCAGAAGGGGAACGAAUCCAAGAAGCUGGUGGUUAUUGAUUUCACUGCUUCAUGGUGUGGACCAUGCCGCAUUAUUGCACCCUUUCUUGCAGAUUUGGCUAAGAAACUACCAGAUGUUAUCUUUCUUAAGGUCGAUGUAGAUGAAUUGCAGUCAGUUGCCAAAGAUUGGGCCAUUGAGGCUAUGCCAACUUUCAUGUUUCUGAAAGAGGGUAAAAUCGUGGACCGGGUUGUGGGAGCAAAGAAAGAAGAACUGCAAGCUACUAUUUCAAAGCACCUGGCUACUUCCUCUGCUUGAUGAUGAUAACUUGCAUUAUCCGCAAGUAGGAGAGGAUGUAAAAACCUCACUUUAUGUUUUCUAUCUAGAUCUAUGCUUUAAAUACUAUGAAUUGUUGCUUAAUCUGGGGUUUGUUUUUAUUGUGUUUAGACAAAAGUCCUACCAAGCAUAUCCUUGCUUUGGUCAUAGUUCAAUGCCAGAAAGUAAAAUGAAUAAUGAUUCUAUAUUACAUCUUGUGGUAUACUUAA